AUGUCUCGCUCCACGGAUCCUGGCCAUUUUUUUCAAACCGAUGCUUCAGAGGCCAUCCGCGCGCGGCGGGCAGCGAAGUCUGGUAACAAGAAUGGCGAUCCUACCAAGCUGACAUCUAAGAUCUUGGAUGUGGCCGUGGACCCGUUAUCGCCGACAUGCUUGUUUGUGGCAGAAAGUGCUGGGUGUCUCAGAAAAGUCAACGUUGAAUCUAAAGAUACGAAGACUGUUUAUCGCGGUCCAACUGCCCCUCUCACCUCAGUGGCCAUUGGUGGACACAAUGCUCAAACAGUAUUCGCGGGAUGCUGGGACAAAGACAUUUGGAGCUGGGACCGGGAAACUACGGUCGUAGGCAAGAAGUUCAAGGGACACUCAGAUUUCGUGAAGACCGUUGUCUGCGUGAAUAUAUCGGACAAAGAUUGCUUGAUUAGCGGAGGGGCAGACAAGAAGAUAAUAGUCUGGGAUAUUGCCACUGGACAACGAUUGUACACUAUACGAGACAAGAUGGACACCCUCCUUGCCAUCCAGCAUCUAGCGGUGGAUCCGAUUGACUCGACUCCCGAUGAAAUUAUAUUUGCAACGUCCAGCAGCGACCCAAAGAUCCGCAGAUGGCGUGCUACUCUGACUGAAGGAGAGCAGAUCCUAGAAGAUGUGGACAACAACGCAGCAGUGGUUUCAAAGACAGAGGGCAUCAAUGAGCACGAAACUAGCGUAUACAGGCUGCUAUUUGAUUCCGAUUACGGAGACUUAUGGUCAGCAAGCGCUGAUGGCAAUGCGAAGUGCUUAUCAAGAGCUCGAGCAUGGGCAACGGAGGACACAUUUGAGCAUGGAGACUAUGUUCGCUCUGUUGCCCUUACUCCAGAUUGGGUUAUAACAGCUGGGCGAAAUGAGGAUGUUAAGGUUUGGGACCGUGAUACUGGCAAGCUCCACCACAUAUAUGAUGGUCAUUUUGAGGAAGUUACUGGGCUAGCAAUCAUGAAGGAUGGGAGGGAAGUUGUCAGUGUGAGUAUUGAUGGCACUGUGCGUACGUGGCCACUAGACAAGGUCUCCCUUCAAAAGGCGAUAAAGGGGAAAGAAGAAAAGGACAAGGGGGUUGUCAAGGAAGUUGAACCAGUGGUUGCAAAAGACUUGAUGACGGCAGAUGAAGAAGCCGAGCUGGCUGAACUUAUGGACGAUAGUGAUUGA